CUCUAGAGGGCGAACCAGAGGCUAAACUGCCCAGAUAACACGAGAGGUAUUUAAUGCAUGGGAUAACGGCCGGCACAGGUCGUGCUGACAGAUGAACCGUCGGAGAGGUAGGCGGGGCAACCGGAUUGGUGGGGCUAACAACCACACAGGUCAACCGGCUACGCCAUCGGCUACGCCUCGGAACCAGCCUGGGAGCUCUGUUACACCCGGAAGCGGGGGUAUGCAGCCAGCAUGGGACCUUCGUCAGCUUACGGAAGGCACGCUAACCCCGCGUACUCCAGUGGUCGACAACUCAGGGGGAGACAUAACAAGUGAACGUCCACGGAUCAGGAGCGGGAGAGAGGGCAACUUAACCACUGAGGUGCGCACCCCCACCGCCGCGACAAAGCGCGACGCGAGAGAUUCCGGUGCACGCGCCCGUCGGACGGGAAGAAAAUCCCGGUCGGGCAGGAAGCGCAGGAAGAGACCCUCUGUUGGUGUCACUGGUGGUGGCUUGCCCAAUCUUGAGAGCAGGCUCGAGGAGGAGGAUUACUACAGACAGCAGGGCGAGGCGAGGAGGGAGGCAUCGGCCCGUAAAGCUCGCGCGAUUGCCGAAGACGAACGGCAAAAAGCAGAGUCCGCGGGGAAUCACCCCGUUGAUCCUCGGCGUAGGAGUCACGGCGGGAACCCAAGACAAGCUGGUUAUCAGCCUGGAAAGCGGAAUGCGGGUAGGAGACUUUCUGCCCCAGCGGUGCUAUCUGUACGCCAACCAACAAGCAAGAAGCGAAGAAAGGCGUGCGAGCGUAUGGAAUGCGGGUGGGUUACAGACCACCCUGGCACCGAGUGUAGCAAAUGCUCCGGGAGUGUAGUGCACUCGGACGACGAUAAGCUAUGUUCGGNAACAAACGGCGAAAAGCAGAGUCCGCGGGGAAUCACCCCGUUGAUCCUCGGCGUAGGAGUCACGGCGGGAACCCAAGACAAGCUGGUUAUCAGCCUGGAAAGCGGAAUGCGGGUAGGAGACUUUCUGCCCCAGCGGUGCUAUCUGUCUCCGAAUGACGACGGUUUCAAGCACCUCCGCGCGGACCGGUUAGGGCGAGCAGUAGACUUCGUGACCGCGUGGACACAAGGAGAGAAAACCCUCCCUCCAGCUCUCGUGCGAGACUUUAGGCCCAGCAAUGACUGCCUCUGCGCACGCCCAGACUGCUUCCUAGUUUUUUUCGCCGAGGAAGAAAGGAAGGCAGAGUCUCGCGUUUGCGGUACUUGUGGGUACCGGAAAUCGGGCAAGAGCAUCGUAAGGUGGUACCCCAUGGAUGCUGCAGAUGACGAUGUGGCGGAGGGGAACGCAACGGUGANCCUCGCGCUUGCGGUACUUGUGGAUGACGAUGUGGCGGAGGGGAACGCAACGGUGAGCGAUGGCCUUUGGUGGUGCGGCCGCUGCUAUCAGAAGCGGUUGGACGGCAUAAAGAGAGACGAGAAACAGCCAGAGCACCCAGCGAACAAUGCGCAUGGAUCGGGGGGUGAGGCGCCUGUGCCUCCAGAUCCGUUAGACACGGUGCGCGCUAUGAUGGAAGAAGUCGUCCAUCGAGAUGAGAUCCUGUACUGGCAGGACGUCGCCGAUUGGGUAACAGCGGAACGCGCGAAGCUUGGCAUGGAGGAGUUACGAGGGAGAUACCCAAGAAAAAUCGUCCGGGUUAUAUUUGCAAGCAUCGAGGAGUCCGGGACUUCACGAUUGGACACGGAGGACGCAGACGCAAGGAUGUCCGUCGUGCGGGCAACUGGUACAAUUGUUCGAGCCAACGUGGAGAGUGAUCCUGCCCUGAAGAACACCCCCGGGACGCGCGAGAAGCAUCGCUACGCCGAUGAGUUGGACAUGAAAGUGAAUCCACCCAGAUAGACUCUACUAACCGCGUUUCCUCCGGCCUUGGUUGGGUUAUACCAAAGCAUGACGAACAUAGCACUGUAUCGCGAGAUCAUCGCAUCAGAGAGCGAGCAGCCCUGGCCCUGGGUAUGGCAGACCGAAGGGCGAGACGGAU